CACCUGGUCAAAGAAAAUCGAAGCCGGCAGAAUGCAGUGGCUUAAAAUGAAGCUUCGCUUUGUAAACUUAAUUUUACUAUUAAUAAGCUCAACAUGUGCCCAAUUGGGGGGCGAUCCCAACGGCUACCUCACCUACUGUCCCUGUAUGGGACGCUUUGGCAACCAGGCCGACCAUUUCCUGGGAUCAUUGGCCUUCGCCAAGGCGCUUAAUCGCACCCUGAUCCUGCCGCCGUGGGUGGAGUAUCGCAGGGGCGAACUACGAUCCCGGCAGGUACCGUUUAACACAUACUUUGAGGUGGAGCCCCUGAAGGAAUACCAUCGCGUCAUCACCAUGGCAGAUUUCAUGUGGCACCUGGCCGACGACAUUUGGCCAGAAUCGGAGCGAGUCUCCUUUUGCUACAAGGAACGAUAUAGCCUUCAGCAGGAGAAGAACGAUCCAGACAAGCCCAAUUGCCACGCCAAGGAUGGCAAUCCUUUUGGUCCCUUUUGGGACACUUUUCACAUAGACUUUGUGAGGUCAGAGUUUUAUGCGCCACUUCAUUUUGAUGUGCACCAUAGCAACGAGGCUGCCAAGUGGCAGGCCAAAUAUCCUGCAGAAUCAUAUCCCGUACUCGCGUUCACCGGAGCUCCGGCUAGUUUUCCUGUUCAGCUAGAGAACUGCAAGCUGCAGCGCUACUUGCAGUGGAGCCAAAGGUAUAGGGACGCAUCUAAGGAUUUCAUCCGAGAGCAGUUGCCGCGUGGUGCCUUUUUGGGCAUUCAUCUGCGCAACGGCAUCGAUUGGGUGAGAGCCUGUGAGCACGUCAAGGAUAGCCAACAUCUGUUUGCCUCGCCGCAGUGCUUGGGUUAUAAAAAUGAACGUGGUGCACUCUACCCGGAGCUCUGCAUGCCCUCCAAGGAGGCCAUCAUCCGCCAGCUAAAGAGAACCAUUAAGAACGUGCGCCAAACUCAGCCGGACAACGAAAUCAAAUCAGUUUUUGUGGCAUCAGACUCCAACCACAUGAUCGGUGAACUGAACACGGCCCUCAGUCGCAUGGGCAUCAGUGUGCACAAGCUGCCGGAGGAUGAUCCUUACCUGGACUUGGCCAUUCUCGGACAGUCGAACCACUUUAUCGGCAACUGUAUCUCCUCCUACUCGGCAUUCGUGAAAAGAGAACGAGAUGUGCACGGUUUUCCAUCGUACUUCUGGGGAUUCCCCAAGGAAAAGGAUCGCAAGCAUACAAACGUGCACGAGGAGCUGUAAUGGAUCAACAGGAAUAUCUACUUAAAUACUCGAAUAGGCUAUUUUUCGGUUUUCUUUCCUAAUACUAGACAGUUUUAUUACAUUGAUUAA